AUGUAUAUUCAGUUAUUCACUACGUACACCAAAGCUUAAGACCAAUUUUUUGAUUUCUAGUAGUUUCAUAUCUUCCUUCUCUUAAUCAAUGGCAUCCAAGAGCAAAGUAUUGAUCAUCGGAGCAACGGGAUACAUCGGAAAAUUCAUCGCCGAAGCAAGUGUCAAGAACGGACACCAAACUUUUGCUCUUGUCCGGGAAGAAACCUUCUCUAAAGUGGAUACGCAAGAGUAUUUUCAUAGCCUUGGUGUCAAUGUUCUCAUUGGAGACAUUUAUGAUCAUAAAAGCCUUUUGAGAGCAAUGGAGAAAGUGGAUGUAGUGAUAUCAACGGUUGGUCAUCGUUAUGAUCACUCUAACAUACUUAUCCAUGAUCAAAGGAAGAUUAUAGCAGCCAUCAAAAAGUCUAAUAACAUCAAGCGAUUCUUGCCAUCAGAAUUUGGUAUGGAUGUUGAUAGAGUUCACGCUGUCGAUGCAGCUAAGAGUUUGUUCGAGGCUAAGUCUAAACUACGACGAGUAAUUGAAGAAGAAAAAAUCCCUUACACUAUCGUUUGUGCAAACUACUUUGCUCGUACUUGCAUCCAAAAUUUAUUCCAACAUCCUGAUCUUGAAGCUCCUCCAAGAGAUCUUGUUCAUAUAUUAGGCGAUGGAACUCCAAGAGGAAUUUUCAACAUGGAAGAAGAUAUUGCCAUGUAUACUAUCAAAGCAAUGGAUGAUCCAAGGACCUUAAACAAGAUCCUUUACAUUAGACCCUCAGCAAACAUCUACUCUUUCAACGAGCUUGUGUCUUUAUGGGAGAAUAAAAUUGGCAACAACCUUGAAAGGAUAUAUGUCACAGAGGAACAACUUCUUAAGAAUAUUCGAGAUGAAACAGAUGCAUUGAUGAAAAUGAUACUAUCAGUUGCUUACUCAGUUUUUGUGAAAGGAGACCAAUGCAAUUUUGAAAUCAAACCAUCUUUCGGUUUGGAAGCCACAACACUAUAUCCUGAGUUGAAAUACACAACCGUGGAUGAGUUUCUCAAUCAAUUUGUAUAAAACUAAGGUUAUUGACCAAAGAGUGUGGUCACUAAAAGUCUAAAAGCAUGUCUUCCUUAUACUACCUCCGAUUUUUAUUAUUAGGAAAAAUUGCUCCCAUUAAUCUGAACUUUGCCUCGUCCGCCCAAAUUAAUCCCAACUUUCGUUUAUUAUCUAUCACUCCCAACUUUAGGGGGUAUUAAUUUUUAUUGCACCCAACUGACUUGGAACCGAUUGAAGAGGUCAAUUUUGCUGACUUGUCAUUAGUUGCACACGUGUCGCAGCCUGAUUGGUUCAAAAGUAAAAAAAAACUAUAC